CCUGUGUUCGAAGGGGUGUUUAGUAUAUACAAGGGGUGGGUUAAACGACCAGAAAGAUGGAGUUGCCACCGUCGACCCUGGAUGCAUUAACUUUAGUUGGAGACUCUGUUCACAUUCCAGACGCACAGUUUCCUCAUUUUCUGGAGGUAGCAUUUAGGGGAGUCCUUAAUUCCAGCGAGAGAAAUGCCAUUGAGGACUUGAAAGGAAUACCCAGUAAAGAUUCUGCUGCAGUUAAAGAAGCUUAUUCAGGUUUUAUUUCCAUGGUUAUAGAGGCCGCCAAACAGGACAAAGAUAUAGAAUCACUGAGCUCCCUCUUGGAGGACUGUAAAUUUCCUCCGGAGAGAAUAAAAGCAGUGGUAACAGGGUAUCAGAAAAACAAGGCAGCUCUUCAAAUCCUUCUCAGCAGUGUUGGCACAACGCCUGCCCAUAUUGUGGACGUGGACUGGAGGUUAGACUACUAUGUUAAGAACAACCAUCUGGAGAGAGUGAACGAGGCAGUGUAUUUGAUCAACCUUAAAACUGAGGUUCCAGGGAAAACAGAACUUCAAGAAGUUCAAUUUUCUUGUUCCCAGGAGCAGCUUCAGGAUUUGGUGGGAAAAUUGAAAGAUGCUUGUAAGUGUUUAGAGCGAGUCGGUCAGCCUUGACUUGUGGAUGAAGGUCGUAUGAGAAAAUCUGUUAUGAUUGACCGUUUGAUGGGCACAGAAGUCGAAGCAGAGGAUUGAAUAAAGCCAAAGAAAUAGAACCAUAACAAAGCAAUGCCUAAUGUAUUGUACAGCUGUGUGCAUAAAAUACUCCAGCUUGUAUCAAAUUUACAACAUACUACUAUUAAAAAUUUAUAUAUACAGUG